AUGGUCCUCGCCUACAUUUCCCGGAACAAGUUGAACAAAGAACAGAUCGGCUGGCUGGCCAACUUGUACCUGUACCAGCGCUGGACGUCAAAAGUGUGCGACAGACCCGAGUUCAUUGCUUUCCGCAACGCGAACGGCCUCUCCAAUGAGGAAGCAUCGUUCUUUAUCUCCAAGGGCAUGUGGAAGUUUCUGUAUGAGAUCGAGCCGGUCUUCAACGCUGCUCCGGGAGACGUCAUCAAAGGCUCGAUGGCAUACACUUGGGCAUUGGUCAUGGAGCUGGCCAAGGGACUCAGGGAAACGGCUGAGGAGAAUAUCUCGCUCUUCACGGAGGAAGACAACGCCGAAUUCGACUUCUGGCCUGAUGCCGAACUGGACAUAAUGCUGGACGAACUACCUGAAGGCUUCCUGCUUGGCGAUGGACACGAAUCUACCGCUAGCGACGCUGCUAGCGACACUGAAGAGGAUGUUGAGAGCGGCGUUGACGGCGGCGCUUACGACUUUGGGGAUGUUGCUUGGCCCCAAAGCAAGCGGGCGCUUGCACGUUUCGCUUGCAUGUUUCGCUCGGAACUACCAGUACAAGCGCUGGCCCGCCUCCGGGACUACGCGAGAGCACAGGAUAUCCCCGAAGAAGAAGCUAUUCAACAGCUCGGACGGGAAUUGACCGAGUUCUGCAAGGAAGUCCACCGCCGGACCACAGAAAUGCCUGAUGAUGACGACGACGACGAGGAUGACUAUGAUGCCAUCAAAGAAGAGGACGGCACGACCUUCAAGCUCGGCCGGUACAAGACUCUCGAAGAUGGCACCGUCUUCGACCAAGCAACCCGGCUCCCGCUGUACGUCCGUGACGACAUAACGGGCGAGAUGAAAGCGCACAGCUACGUUGCGGACAUCGACUGGGACUCGCAGCAAUCUAUCACCGAGCUCAACACGUGGGCGAACCGGAUCUUGCGCCGCAACAGCCGCAACGAUUUCAAGAUGCCGUGGACGCAGACCGAGAAGGACUGGGUCGUGCAGUUCUUCCAGCAGAACAUGUUUGCCACUUACAAGACCGCGUACACCCAGUUUAAGGCGCGCUUUACGUCCCGUAGCUCGCUUACGAUGGCCGGGUUUUGUACAACGAUUUCGAGACAUGGUUUGAGGAUUUCUAGAGAUGAUCGUAUGAAGCUGAAGAAAGAGCUUAAGGAGAAUGAGAAGGAGAGGAAGAAGGCGGAGAGGAAGGAGAGAGUGAGGAAGGAGAUAAAGAAGGAGAUGAAUGAGAGGUUGAAGGAGGAGAUGAAGAAGAUCGAUGCUGGCGGUCAAGGUCAAGCUCAGAAACCUCAAGCUGAGAAACCUCAAGCUGAAGCUCAGGAACCUGAAGUUUAA